CCAAUUUUCACUUGUUGGAAAAAUUCAAUUUCUCUCUUUCCGAAGAUGAAACUGCAUUUGGCCGUAUUCUCCAUCACUUGUUGCGUCUGUGCGACAAGCUCCCCAGUUCCUCCUCGUCCGGACCAAGUUGAGCUUCUUUUAGCCUUCAAGAACGAGUUUCCAUCCCGCAGCUGCGACCCUAUCUGGAACACGCUGGAUGUUGUAUACCAUAGUCCAAAUAUAAGCUCUUGGACCAAAGAAGGUGUUUCCUUCGAUGGGGUUGUGUUUGAUAACGCGACAGGUGCGGUUACAGAGCUAAACCUUGGUGGUGCAUGUAUCAGCGGCACCAUCCAGGCUAAUAGUAGCCUCUUCCGACUCCAACACCUCAGGUACCUCCGUCUCUUUAUCAACCACUUUGACUCUUCCCCACUCCCCUCCGGAUUUGGCAGACUCACCAGCUUGGAAUACUUGGAUCUUAGCCAAAAUGGUUUUAUCGGAGAAGUUCCAUCAUCAAUCAGUAACCUAAGCCGCUUAACCUUCUUGGACCUUUCACAUAACAGGCUCACCGGUCGUUUUCCCCAUGUACAUAAUCUAACACUUGUUUCUUCUAUAGACCUUUCUUAUAACCACUUUUCUGGAACCAUUCCUUCUAAUCUAUUCACCACCAUGCUUUCCCUAGAUUAUCUUGAUUUGCGCCAAAACCAUUUUAAAGACCCUCUUGAAAAAAUGACUUCUUCUCCAACCUCUAAGCUUGUGCAUCUAGACAUGGCCCAUAACCUUUUUAGUUCUCGAAUCCUAGAACCUAUCUCAAAGCUACCAAACCUCACACACCUCGACCUAUCUUUUCAAAACACAACAACCUACACGAUCAACUUCGAUUUCUUGCCGUUCAAGUCUCUAGAGUAUAUGGAUCUUUCCGGAAACAGUGUGUCAGUACUUAAUACCUCUUCCACAAAUCUGUCAUUUCUAAUUUUGUCCAACUGCAACCUCACCGAGUUCCCAACGUUUAUAAAGACCUUAAGGAACUUGGAGGGAUUAGACGUUUCCAAGAAUAGGCUUAAAGGAAAAGUGCCUGAAUGGUUAUGGAAACUUCCUUCUUUGGGCCAUGCAAAUCUCUCUCACAACUCCUUCAGUGGUUCGCCAAAAGUGCUCCUUAACUCGUCUCUCUCCGACUUGGAUUUGAGUUCAAACACCUUCCACGGCUCCUUUCCUAUUAUUCCGCACACCAUCAAGGUCAUGGCUGCAUCAAAUAACAAUUUCUCCGGAGGCAUACCUCUUACACUCUGCCAAGCAUCUCAGCUGAGACUCCUCGAUCUAUCACACAACAGUUUCAGUGGGUCAAUCCACCGAUGCUUGACAAAUGUAUCGGUGUUGAAACUCCGUAACAACGGCCUCACCGGGAGACUUCCUGACAUAGAUAACCGUUUAUUAGUAAUACUUGACGUUGGUCACAAUCAAAUAAGUGGGAAGCUUCCAAGGUCUCUUGUAAACUGCACAAGCCUAAAGUUUCUAAAUGUGGAAAGGAAUCGCAUCAGUGACACUUUCCCUUUCUGGCUGAAUGCUUUGCCGCAACUGGAAGUCAUUGUUCUGAGAUCAAACAGAUUCCAUGGUCCCAUAUCUUCACCGGGAAUCUCUCUUUCGUUUACAGCACUGAGUAUAAUGGAUAUAUCACUUAACAACUUCAACGGGAGUCUACCACCAGAUUACUUUGCGAAUUUGAGUGAACCUUUAGUUAAUUCUCCUCCAGUUAAGCGUUGGCCUGAGUACAGAGGAGACUGGCACUACUAUAAAUAUCCGACCGAGCCGUGGUAUUAUCCUUCCAUUUAUUUGAGAAGCAAAGGACGAAACAUGGAGUUGGAAAAGAUCCCAGACAGAUGUGCAGUGAUUGAAUUCUCAGGAAAUAGUUUUGGAGGUCAGAUUCCAGAAUCCAUAGGUUUAUUGAAAUCGCUCAUUGUGCUGGACUUAUCUAACAACGGUUUCACAGGUCGUAUUCCGUCUUCUUUGGCCAAACUCACACAACUCGAGUCAUUGGAUCUAUCUCGAAACCAACUUUCCGGAAGAAUUCCUCAAGAGCUAAGAGUUCUCACGUUCUUGUCGUACUCUAACAUGUCAUAUAACAGACUCACGGGACAAAUACCACAGGGUACACAGAUUGGAGGGCAACCUAAAUCCUCCUUUGAAGGGAAUAUCGAUCUUUGUGGUCUUCCUCUUGAGGAGACUUGUUUCAGGGAAACUACUGGAGCACCAUCAACACCACAGACACAUGAACCAGAACUGAGCAAGCAAGAACAGUUGUUGAACUGGAAAGCAGCUGCAAUAGGAUAUGGACCUGGAGUCUUGUUUGGAGUGGCCAUUGGGCAAGCCUUUGCUACAUAUAAACCGGCCUUGUUCUAUAAGUUGUUUCGCCUUUAAGUUUUGAAUCAUUUCUUUUUUCUUUUGUCGAAUCAUUUGUAUAAUAUCAGAUU